CAUUUGUCGAGCGAGCAUGUUUCUUUUCUGAGGCAUGUUUGCUUCUUUCAUAGAAUUUUGAGGUUAGAUUGUAUGUGUUCGAUCUAAUCAUUAAAACCAUCUUUUAGUUAAUAGAUCAUUUAAGAAGUAUCUAGCAUUAUAUAAUAAACGUGCAGUAAAUAUUACAAACAAAAAUGCCGAAAUCAAAAAGGGAUAAGAAAGUUUCACUAACAAAAACAAACAAAAAAGGAUUAUUGUUAAAACAGAAAAUAAUAGAAGAAAUAAGGAAUUCUCUGUCUAAAUAUGAACAUAUAUUUCUGUUUACUGUUGAUAACAUGCGCAACACAAAGUUAAAAGACUUGCGCAAUGAGUGGAAAGACUCAAGAUUCUUCUUUGGUAAAAAUAAAGUCAUGGCUGUGGCACUUGGAAGAACUAAAAGUGAUGAAGCAGAAGACCAAUUGAACCUGUUGUCCAAGAGACUUAAGGGUCAAUGUGGUUUAUUGAUGACAAAUAAGGAUGUACCUGAAGUUCUGCAAUGGUUCAAAGACUUCCGUGAUGCUGAAUAUGCACGUGCAGGGUUUGUCGCUACAAAAGAUGUUAUUCUCCCACAAGGCCCUCUUGCUGACUUCUCACACACAAUAGAACCGCACUUAAGACGACUUGGGCUACCUACGUCACUAGAAAGAGGUGUUAUAAACCUCAUUAAAGAAUAUCAGGUUUGUAAAAAAGGAGUUCCUCUAACACCAGAGCAAGCAAGUAUAUUAAAACUUUUGGGGAUACAAAUGGCGAAGUUUAAAGUUGUGAUAAAGUGCCACUGGACUAAAGGCAAAGGAUUCCAUAAAGAUUUAGAUGUAGCCAGUGACGAUGAUGAUGAAGAUGAUGAUGAGGAUGCUGAGGAUGGAGAUGCCAUGGAGGAGGAUGAAACAUAGCAAAGGAGUUCUGUAAAAGAAUUAUAUUGUUUUACAUACUA